UGCAAGUUUUUAACCCUUAAUUCCUCUGAAUCAGGUCUUUUGCUUGUUUGUAGAGAAAGGGCUGUGUGGUUGUGAUCUCCUGAGCCACUUGCCGCUCGCUCAGCCGAGUGUGCACUUCGUGAAGGUGUUGUUUACCGUUUCUGGCAAAACUUUCAUUUCUACUGUGCAUGUACACCCCAGAUUAGUCAGGCUCUUAAGGAGCAUGGAGGGAACUGAUUCUUAACGGCGUUUUGGGGUCCGAGGUGGUGGUGGACACCAGGGGCAUUCUCUGACUUGGUUGUUUGCUGGGUGCUGGUGUGGGAAGGUGUCACUGUGGAAGGGAACUUCAGAGUUUCUGUAAUGUAAUGGUUUAUCCUGAAUAAAGUGAGAGAGACAGGACUCGGAAUCUGGGGAAUAAGGGCAGAAGAAGCUAGGCUGAUGAAGGUGUCUCUUGUCAGAUUUGUGUAGAAUUAUUUACCGUGCUGUCUUUCCUGAGCCGCCACAGUAAAAGUGAAGAAGUGGAAAAUUAUCCCAGAUGGGGCGAACUGCUCAUUCUCUGUUCUUUUUUUAAAAAGGAAAAGAUUUCGGGGGGGGAAAGUCUUUUUCUUUAGAACAGUAUGAAUAAAAUCUGGACAGCUGUCGAGAAAGAUACGCUGUCUGCAUUUUUUUUUUUUUAACUUUAGCUUCCACCAUAACUAAAUAGCUUGAAUAGUACAUCUUUUCUCUUUUUUUCCCUUCAUACAUAAUGAUCUCUACUUCAUUAAAAGCGUAUUAAUCUGGUUCCCAGUCUCUUGGGAGACACCUUAAGAUGAUGAUAUUGUGGGUUUUUUCCCCCCGAAUUGUUAAAAAAAAAAAAUUCUAGCAGAUUUGGUCCCUGUCAGUCAGAAAUAAUUGUGUUCUUAAUCUUGUCCCUGAUGGGUGACUUGGAGUUCAGCAACGGACCAGCUCCAAUGACAAAUACAGUAUUAAUAUUCAUUAACUGCUUUGACAAUGCUAAUUUUGAUGCAGUAGUAAAGGGCCUUCCAAAGUUAGCGGCCAAAGCAUCAGAGCUGCGCAAGGUGGCAAGAUAAUUUGUGCUGGUUUGCUGAGCUGAAGGCUUUUAAAGUCUAUAGCAAAAAGCUAGGUACCACAAACAAAAAAGAGAAAGGGAGAAAGUUCUGAAGCAUUGGAAGGCAGGGCCGCGGAAAUAAUACGAUCACAGUCCGCUAAAAAAUUUGACACCUCUGAUGCAGUUUCUUUGAGUGAAAUUUCUACAAAGUUGCAACAAAAAAAGCGUAGCAUGGUAAGUCAGCGCAUUCUUGAUUUUGUUUAAUCUUUUUGAUCUUUUCAAUUAUCGCUAUUUGAAGAUCAAUAGUCAUUUUUUCCUACUAUGCUUAGAAGAUGCGCAGCCGUGGUUUAAUAUGUGUUAGGACAAUUUGCUUUAAAGAAACACAUCCCCAAGUUUUGGGAGUGUUUUUUUUUUUUUUCCUUUCUCUUUUAAAGUUAGUCAUGAAAAAUGUUAUACAGUGUAUCCUUGUGAAUUCUCUAACAUACAAGUGUUUUUAAUAACCUAUUUUGGUUUUUUGUAUUCCCUCCCCCACAAAGAGUAGAAUUCAUUGAGUUAAUUAAGAUAUGAAUGUUGUCAAGAAUUUUAUAGGAUUCUUUCGGGUGGGGGGAAGCUUCGGAGUGAAGUGGUCCUCCAACUUUAUCUAAAUUCAGCUAGCUUCCUCCCCGUCCUUUUCUGAAUAGCAUCAGAUAGCUAUUAAAGCUUAAUUUCACUGUAGAUCUGCAGAGCGUUACUUUCACCAACUUAGGUGAACUCGCUCGGAUUAUUGAAAUUGCUUUUAUGCUUGCCAAGUCGGCAAACAAAAUAUCAGGCUUUGUUCUUUUGAUUGAAUGCUGGGUUGGGGGGAAAGAGAAGAGUGAAAAAGCCCUGCCUUUUUAUAUAUAUAUAUAACGCCCCCUCCCUCUUUUGGGGGUGGAUUGUUGUGGAACCGACCGGGGGAGAUCCCCGUUAUUGUGCGCUUCGCUGUGAAUGGAACUGUGCCUGAGUAUCCGGCGCGGCACGGCUGCUGCGGGCUGCUCCUGGGAGCUGCGGGCUCUGUGCGGGCUGCAGGGCGGGUGCUGCCCUCCAGCGGGCCCGGGCCAUCCGCGCGGCAGCAUGCCUGCGAGCCAGCAGCGGCAAGGACAGCGCGGCGACCCCUAGAUGUCGAACAAAGUACCGGUGGUGCAACACCCCCACCAUGUCCACCCACUCACGCCUCUCAUCACGUACAGCAAUGAACACUUCACCCCGGGAAAUCCACCUCCGCACUUACCAGCUGACGUAGACCCCAAAACAGGAAUCCCAAGGCCUCCGCACCCUCCAGAUAUCUCUCCAUAUUACCCGCUGUCGCCCGGCACCGUAGGACAAAUCCCCCAUCCGCUAGGAUGGUUAGUACCACAGCAAGGUCAGCCUGUGUACCCAAUCACGACAGGAGGAUUCAGACACCCCUACCCCACAGCGCUGACAGUCAACGCAUCUAUGUCUAGGUUCCCUCCCCAUAUGGUCCCUCCCCAUCACACUCUGCACACGACCGGCAUCCCUCACCCGGCCAUCGUCACACCGACAGUCAAGCAGGAAUCCUCCCAGAGUGACGUCGGCUCACUCCACAGCUCAAAGCAUCAGGACUCCAAAAAGGAAGAAGAGAAGAAGAAGCCCCACAUAAAGAAGCCCCUUAAUGCAUUCAUGUUGUAUAUGAAAGAGAUGAGAGCGAAGGUGGUGGCCGAAUGCACAUUGAAAGAGAGUGCAGCCAUCAACCAGAUUCUCGGGCGCAGGUGGCACGCCCUGUCCAGGGAAGAACAGGCAAAAUACUACGAGCUGGCCCGGAAGGAACGACAGCUUCACAUGCAGCUGUACCCUGGCUGGUCUGCACGGGAUAACUAUGGGAAGAAGAAGAAGAGAAAAAGAGACAAGCAGCCGGGGGAAACCAACGAACACAGCGAAUGUUUCCUAAAUCCUUGCCUUUCGCUUCCUCCGAUCACAGACCUGAGCGCUCCUAAGAAAUGCCGAGCGCGCUUUGGCCUUGAUCAACAGAAUAACUGGUGCGGCCCCUGCAGGAGAAAAAAAAAGUGCGUUCGCUACAUACAAGGUGAAGGCAGCUGCCUCAGCCCACCCUCUUCAGAUGGAAGCUUACUAGACUCGCCUCCCCCCUCACCGCAUCUGCUAGGCUCCCCUCCCCAAGACGCCAAGUCACAGACUGAGCAGACCCAGCCGCUCUCGCUGUCCCUGAAGCCUGAUCCUCUGGCCCACCUGUCCAUGAUGCCUCCGCCACCCGCGCUCCUGUUGGCCGAAGCUGCCCACGGCAAGGCCUCUGCCCUCUGUCCCAAUGGGGCUCUGGACCUGCCACCUGCCGCUCUGCAGCCGUCCAUGGUCCCUUCCUCAUCGCUCGCACAACCAUCAACUUCUUCCUUACAUUCCCACAACUCGCUGGCUGGAACGCAACCCCAGCCUCUGUCUCUGGUGACCAAGUCUUUAGAAUAGCUCCGCCUCCUCGUCCUCCAUGCCCCUGCUUGAUUGAAGUGUUUCCUUCUGGUUCUUGGUUCGCCCUUCCCCGCUUGGAAAGCUUUUGUUUUGUACUCUUUAAUUUUGUGCCGCCGUGGCUACAUGAGUUAAUGUUUAUGGAGUUCAUUGGUCAAUAUUUGACCCAUUCUUAUUUCAAUUUCUCCUUUUAAAUAUGUAGAUGAGAAAAACCUCAUGAUUCUACCAAAAUUUUUAUCAACAGCUGUUUAAAGUCUUUGUAGCGUUUAAAAAAUAUAUUAUAUAUACAUAACUGUUAUGUAGUUCGGAUAGCUUAGUUUUAAAAGACUGAUUUAAAAAACAAAAAGAAAAAAAAGAGAGAGAAGCAAUUUUGAAGCACCCUCCAGAAGGAGUUGGUUCUGUGUUAUUUGUAUUAAAUACGAGCUUGCGAACCAAUCACUUUACACCUUGGUAUUUAAACCACGAGGGCACAAGGAAUGCAGUGCCGUUUCUUUCUUUCUUUUUUUCUUUCUUUUUUUUUUCCUCCCAGUGUGAAACAACUUUUACCUUGAUGUUACUUGUUAUUGUUUAAAUGUACAGAAACAAAGGGUUAAAAUGUGUUAAUAUACCUUGUUCCAUGGUGUUGUUCUUUUGGGGGGGAGGGGACACCACUCAACAAUGAAUGGAAUCAACACUGUUGGACCAGUAGUAUUUAUUGCUUUAGAGGUUGCUUGCUGUACCUGUAUGUCCGUCCAAUUUUAAAUAUGUUUUCCCUUUUUUUUGAAACUGUGUAAAGUCCCCCCCAACCUUAGCGUAAGCAUCUUAUAUAUAACAACUCAUUUGUACAAGGUUUUUAAGUUUAUAUAUAAAAUGUGUAUAUAUUUUUUUGUUUCCUUUUUUUUUUUUUUUUGGCGUACGUUCGUUCGUUCGUUUGUUUGUUUCUGUAUAAAACCCAGAUGCCACCAAAUGGACAUUGACAUUCGCAUUAAGGAUCAGUAGCAUUAACAAAACUUGCUUUAAAAGCCAUUCUGUAAAACAAGACUUGAACAUUAGCGAGAGGGUCUGAGCAGCCGUCUGAGCAGCCGUGGGAACUGCCCCGUUUCCCCCUUGACCUCCUAGUCAACUGCCCUGUGCUCUUAGAACAUGGACUGACCGUGUGCAAAACUUUUAUGUGCCAAAAUUCUCAGUGACUUUAGCUUUCUCCCUCCUUUUUGAUGCUGUACUUUCUGUUCGCCAUGUUUUGCUGUGAUGUUACAUAGAUAGAUUUGUAUGUAGUUUUAAUGUCACCUAUAACAAAAUGUGUUUGGUAGCAGACUGUCCAGAAAGCAUUUUAAAUGAAGAGGUCUAAACCCUUAAGGGCCAAAAAAAAUCCUGUAUAUUAGAUUACUCUUAAAUGAAAAAGAAAAAAAGAAAAAAAAAAACCCCAGCUGCCGCUUUUAUGUAUGCAUAUUACAUACAAGUAGGUAGUGACCUUUAAAAACAAGAAAACCUAGGCAUGCCGAUGUUGUAAAAUGCUGUAUAAAGCUGAGACCUGUUCCUUCAGUGCCAUCGUAGUUGACAUGAAGCGAUUGUAAAACUGUCUCCGGUUUUCUCUGGUUUAUUAAAAUGCUAACUAUAACAUUUUCUUUUCUUUUUUUUUUUUUGUGAAUACUUUGAAUGUCUCCCUAACAGUUGUGGUGUUGCUGUUCUGUUCGAUGCUUAUUCCAAGUUCAUUUUUUUGAAUGGUUUUGAAGCCAUUUUGUAAUGAAUUAAAUGUCCAUGCUGUACAGUACCUGUAGCAUGCCUGCCGUUCUGGAUUAAUAAAAGCAACUUAGUAUGUGCAGAAA